AUGUCUUGCAAGACUUUUACCGCCUACAUGCAGAGCAUGACGCCCAUCACGACCGCCACCACCUGGCCCGCCGAGGAUACGGUAUGGCGCGCCAUUCGUGCCAAGCAGGGAGGCGUCAUCAUAGGGCAGAUGAUCGAAAAAUAUCACUGCAAGGUGCACUCUGGCAAGAAGAAUGGCGGUGCUGCUUACACGGCUUGGACGACGCUCCAAGUCAAGAAUGAGGGUGAUCAGUCCCGGCCCAUCACCUUCACCUACUUGCUCGUCAAUAUCGCCCACGGUAGCCCCGAAAAGGUGGCCCAACUCCUGGACGCUUUCGAAUCGUCUGCCAGUGCCAUUGCACCUGUGAUGCCGAAAGACAAUGCGCUGACCACCAGCCUAGGAGCUGUUCAGCUGGCGUUGAGCGGGCAUCCCAGCAGCGUCAUCCUUGACAAGAUUCGUCCUCUCAUCCAGAGCUGGCUGACUAAUCAGGAUGGACCCUUGGCUUUUCACAGCGUCACUAUUCAACGUCCAGCAGACUACCCCAUCAAUCACCACACGGAUAUGAGCAGUACCUCCACGGGGCUGACGGGAAACGCCUGCUACCGCGUCGAGGGUGUCAUCGUUGGCCAGUAAAACUUGCAUCACCAAGCGACACAUCCGGAGCUGGCUGCGAGAUCCCAGAUGUAAGCGGCAGGUCUUGAUGCACCUGUCAGUAUCCAGCGAGACUAUUUGUACAUAUGGCAAGUGUGGAUGAAUAUCUAA